AUGCUCCCCUUAUACAAGCAGUUGAAGUCGACGCCGCCAUGUAGUAGUCAGAGUCUAAACGACGCAGCACUAUGGAGCUUAUCACCAAACUUCCUAGAGGCCACGACGCCUGAAACGAUCUUGGCACUGGACCCUACCGGUUUCUUGACGCACAACAGCAGACGUUCAAUAAAAGAAAGUUGCGUCUCUACAUGUGGUCGAACACCGUCGACAAGAGCUAGUACGAGCUACUGGACCAAGGUGGAGCCAUCACGUGAGCCGUGUACCGACGAGAUCCCGUGGACGGAUCUGGUUUUCUGGCUGGGGAAUGCAUCAACUGGUGAGGUAAUCUGCUCAUGCACGCAAUGCGGUCGUCGGGCCAUGCACGGGAAUCUUCUGCGACAGCAUCACUACUCACCCUACCAUCCGCAGCAGAAACUACGACAGCGAGUCUCUUCACGAGUGCCAGUGAUUAAUCUGCCACGGAUUGAGGGUGUUAACUAG